AUUUACAAUACAAAUACAUCUCUGACAUGUCUAUUUGGACAAAAGAUUGGGGAAAAGAGUGCUGCAUUUAUUUGAGUAAUUCACAUCUGGUGUCCAAAACAAGAGCUUUGCAAACAAUUUGACACAAUUAACCAAUAGUGUAACCAAACUCACAAUCAUAGUUGAGGUUUGUAUAUUAUGGAUGGCUAUGGUUUAUUAGUAUACUACUGUCUAAUUUAUGUCCAGUUUAGGUUGAUUUCAAGCUAAUUCACCCUCUGUGUUAAAAGUUCCUGUCAAUAGGUGGCGCACGAGACCAUAAAAGUACUUCCUGCCAAAGCGGAAGGUAAACACCCUCCAGUAUACCAUAAUCCUUUGCGUAUGAUAUUUUUUUUUGCGUUACGUCACGGUAUGAAACAGGAGGCCAAAGAGUGUGGUAACAAACAAAUUAAUUUACUUCUGUUUAGUACAUAUGGAAAUAAUAAAAUAUGAAAAGAUUAUGAGAGGUCUUGAGUGUUGUCGCCGACAGAAGGAUUCCUAGACAUUUGCCUCGGAUCCCCUGCUUUUUUUUCUGGAUUAUCGGUCAGAGAUUGGGGCCAAAGUCAACCAUUAUGAGUGUCCACUGUCCAACCCUAGAUGAGUCAGAACGGCUAGCUGCUAAAAAAGUUAGCUAUCGAGCUAGCUAACAUUAACCUUUCCAAGUAAAAGACAAGUUCAGACUAUCACCAUGGCAGCAGCAAAGAUGACCUUACGGCUACGCAAGAAGAGUGCCCCGGACAAGGCCUCUGACAAGACCUCUGAGGUUUUGUCUGCCGAGGCGUCUCCUGACUCCAAGUGCCCCAUCUGUCUGGACCGAUUCAACAACAUGGCCUGCCUCGAUCUCUGCUUGCACAAGUUCUGCUUCCGCUGCAUCCACGAGUGGUCCAAGAACAAAGCUGAGUGCCCUCUAUGCAAGCAGCCUUUCAACUCUAUUUAUCACAGUAUACAAUCAGAGAAGGACUUCAAGAAGUAUGACCUGCGACCCACGGAGAACGGUUCCUUUGGCAGUUUCGCAGGGGAACGGUUCCGCUACCGCACCACGCUGACGGGGGCGCGUCGGCAGAACCAGAGAAGGACAUCCCCUCCCCCUGACAACGGGGUCAUGUUCGAGGCCCUAACGGGGGCUUCCCCCCCUCCCCGGCAGGACCGAGGCCUCCGCCACAUGAUGGCGCGCCUGGCGGCCAGGAGGCGGGCAGAAAGUGAGGGCCGGAGCGUGCGCAGCCUCCGCGAGCAGGAGAUGAUCAAGUUCAGACGGGCGCUCUACCGGCGAGGGGUGCGAGUGCGGAGCGUGCGGGACGGCGGCCGUUCCCGGGACAUCUCGGCUGAGUUCUUCCAGAGGAACCCGGCCUGCCUGCACCGCCUGUUGCCCUGGCUGAAGAGGGAGCUGGCGGUCCUGUACGGGGCUCACGGGUCCCUGGUCAACAUCGUGCAGCACAUCAUCAUGUCCCGUAUCACCCGCUAUGACAUGGAGGACCGGGCCAUCCAGGAGGAGCUGCAGCCCUUCCUCCAGGCCCGCACCGAGCACUUCCUGCACGAGUUUGUCAACUUUGCCCGAGCACCCUUCAACAUGGAGGCCUACGACCAGCAUGCCGUCUACGACUGCCCUGCUCCGUCCUCGGACGAGGGCAGCAGCUCCAACUCCUCUGUGAUCGCCAUCUCAGAGGAUGAGGAGGAGGGCGAUUCUGUGGAGCUGGACCCCCCGGGAGACCCCAUGUCCGGGGGCGCCCUGAGCCAGACAACAUGGGAUGACGAGACACCCGGACCUUCGUACUCCACUACAGAACCCACCAGGGGCCUGCUGCUAUCAAUCAGAGACUCAGACUCAGAGAGCAGUGCGGGGGAGGAGUGUGGAGCAGUGUCACAGCCAAAGGCCCCUCGCCUGACUGCGGACUCUGCUCUGGUGAAAACCGACAAGGACAGACCGGCUUGUACUUCUGGCGAUGAGGAUUGCGUCAUCGUUGGCUUUGUAAAACCCCUGGCUGAUAGGACUCCAGAGCUGGUCAAGCUGUCCUCUGACUCAGAGGAGUCUGUUCUGGAGGAGAGCAAAGACGAAGUGCCCAGGCUGCCGCAACACAUCCGCUUCACCAGCCUUAGCCCCACCUCCUCUCAGGGCCAAUGUCCUGGGAGGGCAGAGGGGGCGGAAAAGGAGCAAGAUGGAUGGUGCUCCAAGGAGAGACGUAACACCUCACCCUCAAUUAGACCUGAGUCAUCAUCCAGCAAAAACAGGGGACUGACUGAGAAAGAUGGCAGGAGAUGUCACAGUCGCGAUAGAUCUAGAGAGAGGCCACAGUUGAGAAGCAGAGACCGGAGGAGGAGGUCCAGGAGUGCCGACCGCAGCCGCUCGACCAAGAGCCCAGCCAUCUCCAUCAACAGCGACAGCACUGUGUCCAGAGGCAGGAGGCAGUCGCGGUCCCAAAGCCGCGACUGCUCCCACACUAAAGGGGAAAAGAAGAAGGACAAUAAAGAUGGCAGCCGAUCAGGCCGCAGCCGCGACUCAUCGUCGCACUCCUAUCACUGGCACUACUACAGCCGGGAGAGUGAGAGGGACAGCAGCGCAACACUCUACACGGAGAGGAGGUCCUACUACUCCAGCUCACACAGGAACCCCGAUUGCAGGUCCCGAUCCCGGAGCCAGAGUCGUGAUUCCCACCGGCGGGAUAAGAGGCGCUCCAGAAGUCAUUCCAGCACCUGUUCGCCUUCCGGCGCUCACAGGAAGUCUCGUCACGAGAAGCCCAGCGGGAAGAGAAAGUACAAAACGAGACACCUGGAGGAACCUGCCCCUAAAGACCAGUCCUCCAAAGCCCUCGACGAGCCUCCCUCCUCCAACGCCUCGUCCUGCGUGAAAGACAAGAAGAAGAGCAAAGAGAAGCGUCACAGGAAGUCCAAGGAGAAGUCGGGAGGGAAGAGGAGCAGGAGCCUCAGCGUGGAGAUCAUCUAUGAGGGCAGCUCCUCGGAGCAAACCAGGAAGCACCACAAGAAGAAGAAGAAGCACAAGAAGAAGAACAAGAGGCACAGGAGCAAGGAGCGCACAGGGUCGGGGAAACACUCGCCCACCGUCAUCACCAUAGACAGCGACAGUGACCAACAUACUCCCGCAGGCGCUAACGAUGCUAACCACACCUGCCCGGUAAGCAGCAGCACUAGCAACGACGUGCUAGUGCCUAGCACAACCACCACUACAGGCAACCCUGCAGACUCUGGCCUGCUGGAGUCCAUGUUACAAGACUGGGAACAGCAGAUUCCACCUGUGGGUCUGGACAAUGGAGUGGUGGAGACCACGCCUGCUUUAGCUGCUGCUGCUGACACUGACACACCCACACAUAGGGAGGAGGUUCUGUCCCAAUCUGCCUCUGCGGAUGAGGUGGACUCUCAUAGCCCUUCAAAUGACAACACAAGUCAUUCUUUGGAAGAAUCAUAAUGCUGGCCCCGGUGGGUAGGAAGACAUUUUAUUUACCUUUUAAAAGUGAGUUUUACACUUCACUAUGUAGGACAUUUGAUUAAAAAGUUGAUGUACUGUUCUGCCAAAAGGUGCGCUUUCAUUUGGGAUGUGCCACUUUGGUGUAUGAGAAAACAAAAAGGGGGUAAAAUAUUGGUUUUGAUGUCUUAUUUACAGUGAGAGGCUCCUGUCCAUAAGGCCUACAAAGGUAUUUGUAUAAAAUACUUCAACUCAUUUCUUAUCAGUCAUUCAUUUCUAUGCAUCAAUCUCAGGGAUAACAUGGGCUAAAAAGCUGACAGCUUGUACCGUCGUCUUGAAACCAAACACUUUUUCUACCUGCUUAUCAUGUAGCCUGAUGGAUAACUGCUCUUAAUACUAGCCAAUAAAUCAAUAUGGGAGUGGGAAUGUGAAAGACUGUUGUUGGAACUGUGGAGUUGUAAAUAGUAAUAAACGUUUCUAAACUGAAAUCAACAGCU